AACCUUCGUUGUUAAGUGCGAAUCUCUAUUCUUCCCCUUAAUAAUUAAUUUACACUGUGAAGUGUGCAGAUAAACAGUAAAUAAACAUACAUAUAUUCCAAACGUAAGAGCAUGGUGGAAGAAAGGUAUGGAGUUGUUUCAUUUGCCCUUUUAUUCCAUUUACGGUCGAGCUAUAAUAAGGCUAGGCUCGGGAAAACCAAGAAACUGUAUCGUUUGGUUUUCUAGCUCGUUAGCAGCUGCAUAAUUCCUGAUAUAGUUUUUCUCCGUGCGUAUUGAUAAAUUAAUGGCGGCGAGCGGCCCGGGAUUUAACGUGCGACCUGGCGGCGGGAGGACGCGACAAAUGAUAAGGGGCGACGGGCACAUGUUCUCGUCAUCGGAGGACAAUGCGAUGAUGAAGCAAAUCACGGCCACCCAUGCGCCCGACGGCCGCGAGUUCGACGUCCGACCUCUACUUUAUAUCAUCGAAGACAUCCUGCGCCGGAGCGCUCCUACCACUCACGGCACUGUUGAUGGAGAUGAAGCACAAGCAGAGAUACAAGAUGACAAAGCCCUUCAUGCCGAAGAUGACAUGCUUGAACUUUUGGCGCACACUAUUAACAAAAUCUCCUGCGAGAUAUCUUGCAAGUGUUCAGGGGGAGGUGACGCACACUUAACCACAGUUGCGCUAUUCAACCAGCUUUCAAGCUACUCAUGGGAUGCAAAAGUGGUGCUAGCCCUGGCUGCAUUUGCCGUCGGGUACGGCGAGUUUUGGUUGGUGGCCCAGCUUUACACCACCAACCCUCUUGCCAAAUCGGUGGCGAUCUUUAAACAGCUACCGGACAUUCUAGAGCGCACAGACACUCUAAAACCAAAAUAUGAGGCACUCGCCAACCUCAUCAGGGCGAUGCUAGAUGUGACCAAGUGCAUAAUUGAGUUCAAGGAGCUUCCAUCACAGUACAUUGCCCCUGACACGCCAGAAAUGGUCACUGCCACUGCCCACAUCCCCACCGCUGUUUAUUGGACCAUUCGCAGCAUCAUAGCAUGUGCAUCCCAAAUCAUGGGCCUUAUAGGCAUGGGUCAUGAGUACACAGCGUCAACAACGGAAGCAUGGGAGUUAUCGAGCUUGGCUCACAAAGUCAACAACAUACACAACCAUCUCAUGAAUCAACUCAUUCGUUGCUACCAACACAUAGAUGAGAAAAGACAUAUUGAGGCAUAUCAGACAUUGGUGCGGCUCUUUGAAGUACCACACCUAGACAAUAUGAAGAUUCUCAAGGCUUUGAUUUAUGCCAAGGACGAUCAGCAACCGCUCUUCGAUGGUUUUACAAAAAGAAGGGAAAACAUUGACAUGCUAAGGAGGAAGAAUGUGUUACUACUGAUUUCGGACCUCGACCUCUCCCAUGGUGAGCUUUCAGUUCUUGAGCAGAUGUACAGUGAGUCACGACUACAUCCGACGAGAGCAGAGAGCCAGUACGAGGUAGUGUGGCUACCAGUAGUCGACCGAUCAACACGCUGGAAUGAAGAGAAGCAACGCCUAUUUGAGACCCUGCAAAGCACAAUGCCAUGGCAUUCUGUGUACCACCCUUCGAUGAUCGAUCUUGCGGUCAUUAGGUACAUCAAGGAAGUGUGGCACUUCAACAAGAAGCCCAUGCUGGUGGUGCUGGAUCCACAAGGACGAGUUGUCAAUCUUAACGCAUUCCACAUGAUGUGGAUUUGGGGAAGCUUGGCAUUCCCCUUCACUAGCUCGAGGGAAGAAGGGCUGUGGAAGGAGGAGACAUGGAGGAUUGAGCUGUUAGCAGAUAGCAUUGAGCCAAUGAUCUUUCAUUGGAUUGCAGAUGGAAAAUACAUUUGUUUGUACGGAGGAGAGGAUUUGGAAUGGAUUCGAAACUUCACCAAAGCCGCAAGCACCGUCGCCAAGGCUGCGGGCAUCCAACUAGAGAUGCUGUACGUGGGGAAGAGCAGCCCCCGGGAGAAAGUUCGAAAGAACUGCGAUGCCAUUAUGGCAGAGAAACUCAGCCACACCUUAGGGGACCUAACUCUAAUCUGGUUCUUCUGGGUGAGGCUGGAGAGCAUGUGGCACUCCAAGACGCAGCACGGCAAGACCGUCGAGAACGAUCCAAUCAUGCAAGAGAUCAUGAUGAUGCUCAGCUUCGACGGCAGUGAGCAGGGGUGGGCUGUGAUCAGCAAAGGACCGGCAGAGAUGGCAAAGGCCAAAGGGGACACCAUCUUAAAAGGCAUGAUAGAUUUUGAAUCCUGGAAGGAUGAGGUUCCAUCUAAAGGCUUUGUCAAUGCACUCAAUGACCAUCUCCAAGAGCGUCGGACUCCGCAUCACUGCAACCGUCUAAUACUGCCGGGAACCACCGGAAGCGUCCCUGAGAGGGUAGUUUGCGCCGAAUGCGGACGAGCUAUGGAAAGGUUUGUCAUGUACCGUUGCUGCACUGACUAAUUCCGAUAAUUUCUUGGUGCACAACUCGCGUAUGCAAUCCUUUUGAGUUGUACAUCUAACAAUGCUGGUUAAUUAACUUUAAAAGGCAAGGUGUGGUGUUGUUGAGGGAGUAUAUUUGUUUUAAACUCCUGCGUGUGCCUUUCUUCAGGAUUAAUAAAUAACUAUUUCUAUUUCUUAUU